UUAAGGCGUCUGGAAAGUUGCCUGAGAGACUCUGAAACUCUGAGCGCUCUCGAAAUCGACCGACUUUUUUGAUAGGCUGGUCACUGUCCCUCCCAGUAUGAUUGUGGCUGCCGCUAUUCUUCUGGGUCUUGCGCUCCGUAGUGCUGCUUGCGCGGGCGAUCACUCACAUGCUCGUGAUGCCCAUGCUGAUGAAUAUUUGGACAAGCGUGAAUACCCACAGGUUCCACUCACACCUCCCUACCGUCCUCUCGUCUGGGGAGACUUUAACGUGAUCCACACCACCGACACCCAUGGGUGGUUACUCGGCCACCAGAAGUCGUCGUACCCUGAACCAAACUACAGCGGGGACCUUGGGGACUUUGCUAGUUUCGUGACGCACAUGAAGCAAAUUGCUAUCGAAAAGGACGUCGACCUUCUUUUGGUGGACUCGGGUGAUCUGCAUGAUGGAACUGGCCUUUCUGAUGGUUAUCCCCCUGGUGGUGUCGACGCGCACGAGUCGAACAAGUUCCUUGAGCGCCUUCCCUAUGAUGUCAUGUCCAUUGGAAAUCAUGAAUUGUACAUCUAUGCGAAUACACUGGAUAUGUACACAAACUUUGUCCCUCACCUUCGUGGGCGGUACUUGUCCUCCAAUGUCAACAUCACAGUUUUUAACUCGGAUGGCGAGCCCGAGAGUGUACCAGUCGGCAACCGUUACACCAAGUUCACCACAAGGAAAGGUCGUCGUAUCACUUCUCUUGGAGUCAUAUUCGAUUUCACCGGGAAUGAUGUAAACACGACUGUGCAAACUGUGGCUGAUAUGGUCAAAGAGCAAUGGUUUGCGGAGGCCAUCGCGGAAGAGCCCGACGUGUUCGUACUUGUCGGACACAUGCCAGUUUCAUAUGACAACUGGCCUACCGUCUUCAACGCUGUUCGUGCUGUGCACCCUCGAACGCCCAUCUUAGUCUUUGGAGGACAUAGCCACAUUCGUGACUGUCAACAGUAUGAUGGUCGUUCUAUGGCUCUCGAAAGUGGACGCUAUAUGGAGACAAUAGGCUGGAUGAGUGCGGACCUUGAUGCAGCCAAGGGCAACGCCAACAACAUCUCUUUUACAAGGAGAUAUCUAGACCAGAACCGUGUGACCUACGAGUACCACGCCGAAAUGUCAAACCAAACAUUUGACACCGCCUACGGGCGCUCGAUCACUUAUGGCCUACAGGAACUUGCGGACCGUUUUGAUUUGUCCUACCUGUACGGGACAGCCCCGGAAGAUUAUACUAUCAACCAGAACCCGUAUCCUUCCAAUGGAUCUCUUCUAUCUCUUUUCAUUGCAGAUGCCAUCCCAUACGCGCUCUCUAUUAACAACACCCGCGAUUCUAUCCCCGCCGUAUUUAUCACCAAUUCGGGAUCUCAACGCUUCAACGUCUUCAAGGGACCAUUUAACAAGAAUGAUCAACUCACCGCCUCGCCGUUCACGGAUUCAUUCUUAUAUAUCGCCAACAUCUCAUUUAGCAUCGCAAACCAGGUGCUCCCCGCUUUGAACGGCGCAGGCGCGAAUGAGAGACGGAAGCGAAAUGAGAUCGAAAAGGAACUUUGGAGCCGUGGAGUUGUUGAUAUUCGGUACAGAGCCUGGUUAGAGGAGAUGGACCGCCGUGCUGGAAUGGGUAGACGAGAAACAAUGGCAGGCAAUUUGACACUCGGAUAUGUCACGACUGAUUCAUGCCCUGGCGCUGGUGACGACACAUUGCACAUGGCGUUGCCCUACUACUCGAUUCCAGACUUCAUUGGCUCGAACCCCCCCAAUGUGACGGAUGACAUGUCUGUUGAUCUUGUCUUCGUCGACUUCAUUGAAGCACAACUCCUUGGCAUCCUCAACGGCCUGCAGAAUGGAAAGAACUAUACCACCGCUGAUGUUUCACUGUACAGCCCGACGCUGGCUAACGCGGCACUGGGCCUGUAUGCUCAGGCCGAAUGGAACUGACUGUAGGCCGGUAGUAUGCCUGUGUACUGCUG